CCGAUGGUUACUAUACGUGUUAUUGACAGCAUCUCGGCACAAGAGUAGGGUGCCGCGCUCCGCACACGGCCUAUUUAAGAGCUUCUCGGAAAAUCAACAGCUCUUUAAGGCGCACAAUACAAAUAACAUGGAGCUUGAAAAACAAAUUGGGGGUAAGGCGAAAUGAAUAAAAGCGUAUAGCUUAGAGAGCAGAUAAGCAGUGAGGAAGGAAUAAUUGAAGUGGCAGUGAUGUGCGGUGUUGUUCGCAGUGAGAGUAAGCCUGGCGGCGGCGACCGGCUGGCGACGCCGCGGAUGUCGCUGCUGGGCAAGCCGCUCAGCUAUCGCGCCACGCGUCGCGACGCGCGUUACCGCCGCCUACAAUCCAAGUUCUACAAUUUCCUUGAACGGCCGAGGGGUGUUAAGGCCGUCCUGUAUCAUAUGAUUGUGUUCCUCAUGGUGUUCAUGUGCCUGUCGCUGUCCGUGUUCUCUACCAUCGAGGAGUACGAGGCUCGCGCCGGGAUAGUGCUCUUCUACAUGGAAACUGUCGUCGUCAUUUGGUUCGCUAUCGAGUUUGUGUUAAGGUUGUGGUCGUCAGGAUGCCGGUCCCGGUACCAGGGUUCAAUGGGGCGCCUCAAAUUCUUGAGGCGGCCUUUCUGCAUAAUAGAUGUUACGACAAUCCUGGCGUCGCUGGUGGUGCUGGGUAUGGGCUCGUCGGGGCAGGUGUUCGCGGCGUCGGCGCUGCGCGGGCUGCGCUUCUUCCAGAUCCUGCGCAUGGUGCGCAUGGACCGGCGCGGCGGCACCUGGAAGCUGCUCGGCUCCGUCGUCUACGCGCAUCGACAGGAACUAAUCACUACUUUGUACAUAGGAUUCCUGGGCCUUAUUUUUGCAUCAUUUUUGGUUUACUUGGCAGAGAAAGAUGUCGAGCAUACAAAAUUUAAAAAUUUCGCCGAAGCUUUAUGGUGGGGAGUUAUCACACUGUGCACUGUGGGGUAUGGCGACAUGGUGCCCCAGACCUGGCAAGGAAAGUUCAUUGCUUCAUUCUGCGCGCUACUCGGGAUAUCUUUCUUCGCGCUCCCUGCUGGUAUCUUGGGUUCGGGAUUCGCUCUAAAAGUACAACAGCAACAGAGGCAAAAGCAUAUGAUCAGGAGGCGGCAACCGGCAGCAACGCUAAUCCAAGCGCUUUGGCGCUGCUAUGCAGCCGAUGAGCACUCUAUGAGCGUGGCUACCUGGAAGAUACAUCAAAUUCCUCUUCCCAGUCCGCAGACGAGCAGGGUGAUGAGCGCGUCGUUUAAAAACAACGCGUCAUUCGUGUCGCGGCUGCCGACGAUCCGCCGACACAAGAGCACCUCGCUGCACUCCCCCGCGCCGCACUCCAAGCCGGCGCACCGGUAUGACGUCAACGCCAGUGCAGAAAAUCUCGGCGCGACGAACGGGCGCGCGGCGCGCGCGCCGCCCGUCAACCCGGCGCACAGCGAGGACUCUGUGGCCGAGACGCAGCUCUCCAAGAAAAACUCCGACGACGAAGACGAGGAGCCCCGCUGCGUGAACCUCACCCCGCGCCACAAGUCGGCCAUUCGAUUCAUAAGAAAGAUGAAGUAUUUUGUGGCACGGCGUAAGUUUAAAGAAGCCCUAAAGCCGUACGACGUAAAGGAUGUAAUCGAACAGUAUUCCGCGGGCCACGUGGACCUCCUGGGCCGAGUGAAAAACGUCCAGACUAGAUUAGACCAAAUACUUGGCAAGCAAGGAUCUAAAGCGAAAGACGUCUACGCAUCCAAAAUCAGCCUAGCUUCCAGAGUAGUUAAAAUUGAAAGACAAGUAGAUGAUAUAGAAAGUAAGUUGGAUCAUUUGUUAGAAUUGUAUGAAGAGGACAGAAGGUCCUCGAGAAGAAUAGGUAGUUCAGGAACCGGCGGCGGGGAGGGCGGAGCGAGCGAGAGUACGCUGGCGCUGCGCACGCGGCCCGCGCUGUCCGACAAGCAGUGCUCGGAGCCCAACUCGCCCGUAUCGCGUACCUUCGAGCCGGCGCCCGCGGCGGCCGCGCCCGUACCAUACAAGCGCCCCAUGAACAGGGGCUAUUCUGAUCUAGGAACUAGAUUCAUGAGGAAAAAAGUUAUAGUCAGGACAUCUUCAAAUCGAAAUGGAGGACCUCCGCGAGAUGACGAGGUAGUUAUCGUAGUGCCGACGGACCGCGAGGAUACUCCGCCGCGGCUCGUGACCGACAGCUCGGAAGUAUGCGCGAGCUGCUCAGUAGAGGUAGAGACUGAAGCGGAGGCGGGGGCGUCCGGCAGCUCGGGGUCGGCGUCGUGGUGCGAGGGCGAGGGCGAGGGCGAGGCGGAGGGCGAGGGCGGGGAAGAGCGUGGCUACGGUUCGGGCGACUCGCUGGCGGAGGACGCGGCGUUGCUCGGCGCGGCGCACGCCGCGCACGCGCCGCACGCGCCGCGGAUCGUGCGCACGCAGCGGCGCGACGUCGCUGUCGACCUUCACCUCUUGCGGCCCGACGUUUGAACUUCCUCCAAACGAUGCAACGGUCCUCUCUCUUACAAAUACACUCCCGACUAAUAUCCCGUUUAAUUCGUAUUGUUCACAGAAUGUUUGAUGUUCCACAAUUUAUUAUGUCGCUAAAACUGUCCAACUGUACACAAAACCUUGUUGACAAUAGGUGCUUACUUAAGUCAAAACAGCAGUCAUAUUAUGCUUAUUUACAUAACCUAGUGUGAUUGAGUAGUAAAUGGUUGAAACAAUCAAUGAGUGACUAUUGAAACAAUAAUCAAUUUAUACAACGAGUAGUUAUUCAGAUUUGUCAUGCAAUAGGUUCAGAGGCGCAAACAGAAACGGGAUAAAAGGUUGCAAGCCUAUUUAGGUACCGUCGAUGCCUUACGACACUUUCCUGUAUGCUGCAAUAAUCCACUGAUGGUCAUCCGGAUUUAUUUCCUGCUGGUUAAUAAGAAGUAUGUGUUUUAUACACGAGGGUGCGUAGCCAACAUGCCAAUCGUUUACGCUCCGUAGUGAACGAAACCCAACUAUCACUGUCACACUAAUAUAGGAGAAUGAUAGAGAGCCACAAAGCGUUUCGUUGUCGUAGCGCAAGCGAUUGUGACCUUGGCUAGGCACUCAGUUAUGAUACUUGUGUCGUGUAAAAACCUAACUGCAGUAAAUAUAGUUUCGCUAUGGCCACCAUUGCCUAAGCCUCGUCGAUUGUAACAUGAACUUAUCAAUUAAACUCGUUUCUCCAUUAAAUUGUAAAUAAUAACGAGCACAAGUAGGUAAAAAAUACGCUUAAUUUCUUUGUUUCUUAUUGCUUUUAAAAAUAUUUAUAUUAAGGUUAAGGGACUAAGACAUUUUACAGAAUUUUAUCAAUAAGUUGAGUGAAAGCUUAGCUUUUAAUUUUAUUGAAUAUAGUAAUCAUAAGUUGUAAAUAAAUAGAAAAUAUGGCAAAUGGAACACAGUACAGUAAAAUUCACUAACGAUCGUACGUACUUACGUAUGUAAUUACUAAUGAAAAAAUAUAUGGCAAAUUUAAUUACUUUGUGAAAUUAAUUUAAUUAAUAGACUUAAUAAUAAAGCUAGAAAAACUCAUGUGUCGCCUAUUUUAGGAGUGGCAGGCGAUAUUUAGGGUUAAUUUCAUAUUACCUGAGUAUAUUUUUUGCAUUACCUGUGACCGCAACGCAACUCAAAUAAUUCUUUAGCCAUAUUCUGACAUAUCCCACUCGGUGUCUAAAUAAAUACCUAAAGUAAAUAUGUUUUUCUCAAACAUGCUAUGUAAUAUUGAUAUUACGUUCUUUAUAUUAGGCUGGGAAGUAUCACGUUUCAGGCGCGGCUAGACGAGAGGUCUGUAAUGAAAUUUCAUACAAAGUUGCAGGCCUAGGCCGGGAAGUGGCUUUUUUUAAUUUCUAUUUCACAUAUAAUUGUAGCACAGCAUCAUGGCAUUCAGCCAUUAAAAAAAAACUAUAAGCAAUAUUUGCUUUUUGGUUCGUUUAUGACGUUCUGCCAAUACGCCUAUUAGAAAAAAAAGUUUU